AAGAAGAAGAAGAAGCAUGGAGAACACGGCGAUUGCUCUUGACUCGACGGUCAGGAGUCAGGAUUCGAACAACUCGAAGGACUCGAAGGGAUCGAAGGAGUCAAAAGAUUCAAGCACAUCCGACUCGAAGCCUGAAAGCUGUCUGGAGUCGAAGCACUCGAAGGAGAUCCUUAUUUCUGAGAAACAGCAACGGCAGCAACAACCAAGAACACAGCAAAGUCCAGACGAUAGGCAGAAACUGAGAAGCACCGAGUUCAAGGAUGAACCGAACAUCCUGAUGUUCACCUCUUGUGGGCAGUUGCUCCUUGGUAUAGUCCUCGUCGUAUUCGGAAUCCUGGUGCUGGUCCAUGGCGCCGCGUUGGGUGCUUCCGGUGCAGGAUUGUGGGCAGGUGUGGGUGCCCUUGCCGCAGGAGCGUUGGGUGUUGUUGCGACGCUUGCAACAUCGACGAGCAAGACGAAUUCCAGCUUUUCUACGGCUCACCUUGCAGCAAGCCUGAUUGCCCUUGCCCUUUCGAAUAUGGCUGCAAUUACGGCCUUGACUGCUAUCGUCAGGGACUCCCAGAGGACACCGGAAGUGACCUUGCUCACUGUUCCGGGUGAAAACGGAGACAACGCUGAAGUAGAGGGUAGCUGGGCAGGUUUAUUGGCGAGCAUCGGGCUGCUGGUGACUAGCUUGGCCGAAUUAUUGGUCUCUGGCUAUAGCUGCCUGACCUUGACCCCGAAGCUGUGCGGAUGUCUGCGAGCGAGCAACGUUGACGAGGCAGCGAACGACGGCCGCCUGAAGACCCGCAACAUGGUCCACCAGUGGGUCACCGCGCAGAACCACGUGCCUAAGAGUCAGCCGAUUUACGUAGUACAGCCGAUGCUACCGAUGCAUCCGAUGAUCCAGGUGAGGCCGGAUCCUCUCCCACGACCCUUCGUACUCGGCUACUACGGCUCGACCUCCGGCGAACUGGAGUCGCCUUAUGCAAUGCCUGCCGCUUCUGCAAAAUUUCCUGGAGGAUUCAUGCCCGCUGGACCUUUGCCAAUAGCUGCUCCAGCUUAUGGUGCCGUUCCUAUGCUGCCACACAUGCCAUACGCAGGUCGUCCUCCAUCGCAAAUCAUUCGACCAAAACAGAAACGUCAUAUAAAUAUGGAACAUGAGGACACUACAGAAAGGAAGAAACAAACUGAAAGAAAAACAGAAUCCCCAAAAAGAAUGUCUUCUAUAGGAGAAGAUCAAGUAGAUCUAGCUCAAACUUAUACAGGAUUGGACAAAAAAAUCUCAGAAGAGUUCAUUUCAAUCGCUAUGGAUCCAGAGAGGAAGUCAAAAGCUUCUAGCAGUCAUGGUAGCGAAAUCGGUACCGGUAAAACCACUUGAAGACAUAAUAUCCAUAUUUCUGUAUUGUAUCAUGUUAUUCUCAUUAUUAAUGUAAAAAAGAAACUUGCAUUUACCGAUUUAAAUGCAUCUAAUUUAGCACGAAAAAAGAAUUAUUUAUCGU